UCCCCACCUACUUACUUACCGUUCCUUCGCCCCUCCUUCUCUAAUCGAUCGACACUUCUCUCUAGAAAUCGAUUUAAUGACCGAUCUACAAUCGGACACCUUUAUCUUCAAACCCUCCACCUUCGUUAGAUACUCUGAUGUAAGUUUCGAUCUCGAUUUCUACUUUGAUUUCUACUAUCCGAUUACGCUUUCAUGUUUGAUGGCCUGAUAGAGAAGAGGGCAUAAACAAGUAAGUGCCAUUUAAUCGACGUUCAUAAUCAGGAGUUAAGAAGAGCAAAAGGGUAUGCGCCAUUUUAUCGAAGCACCUCGAGUAGGAAAUUGCUAAAUUAGUAAAUCCGAUCGAAAAUCUUGAAAAACGCAUGCCGUAUAGACUGAGGAGCCCUCUAAGGCUGUUUUCAAUCGAUUUUCGACUCAAUUGAUCACCUUCAGUCCUUCUUAGUAUUGUGAUUUUCGAUUUUUAUGACUUGAUGAUUGUUUCCUGUUGGGGCUCCACUAUUGUAGAAAGGAUUUGUGACCUGUUGGAGUUCGAUAAGGUCUUGAAGUCCAGUUUCUCAUUCUAUUUCUCAGAGAGAAAGAAAGGGUCUCAUGCUAGAAUGUUUGACAUUACAAAGACACCAAACAGAGCAAUUAUACUUAUUAGUGGUACUUGCAAAUUGGAAUGCACGGGGACAGGAGGGAUAUCAUCGAAGUUCAGGGAUAUGCCUGAAAAAAUGACUACUAUUUCGGAUUUUUCUACCGAUGAAGUUUUUAGAUCUCUUGAAGAUUUGAAGAAUUGGGUACAAAAUAUUGCACGUUCUCAAGGUUAUGUUACAGUCACUAAACGAUCGAAGGCAGCGACUUUUGGAUUCAAAUCUGAAAUAUUUCUUUGUUGUGAUCGUAGUGGUAUAUCCAGAAGUAAAAAUGCGAAAACAAAAAAAUUAAUUGUCCAUUCGAAUUGAUAGCAAAGUAUUUGAAGGCACAAGAUGGUUGGAAAUUACAGGUCGUAUGUGAUGAUCACAAUCACGAACCAUCAAUGUAUAUGGAUGGUUAUUCAUUUGCAAUGCGAUUGUCGGAUAAAGAGAUUCGUUUGGUCCAUGAUUUGACAGAGCUGAAUGUUAAAUCACUAGAUAUUUUGUCAACAAUAAAGCAACAAAAUGAAAAUAACAUGUCUUCAUUGAAAACUAUAUACAAUUGUCACCAUAAGUUUACAAUAUCUCAACGAAAAGGUAGUAGCCUGAUACAAAAUGUCAUGCACAUUUUGUCCUCGUGUCAUCGUCACCGAUAGAGAUUUGGUGUUGAUGAAGGCAUGCGAAGAUGUUUUUCCACAAAGUAAUCAUUUACUUCGUAGGUGGCAUAUAUUCAACGAUAUAACAAAGCAUUGUAGAAAACGUAUCAAAUCAGAUAAGACUUGGGGUUCUUCAUCCAAUGUGGAAGAAAUUAGUCGAAUCUCCGACACCGAGUGCAUAUAUGCAAGCGUAUGCAGACCUUCAAUCUUUAUUGUCCAGAGAUCCAGUUGUUUUUGGGUAUCUUUACAAUACUUGGUUGGAGAAGUAUCCCGACAAAUUUGUAUCAUUGUGGACCGACAAAAGUACCAAUUUUGGAAAUUCAACAACAAAUAGAGUUGAGAGUCAGCAUGCUAAGAUAAAAAAAAACACCUAGCAUCUCGAAAACGUGAUUUGGAUAAAUUCAUAUAUGUUAUUGAAACAGUUGUACAUUCACAAGACACAGCUAUCAAAGAGAGUUUCACAAGGAGCAUAAUCAUUCGUAAACCAAAAUUUAAGGAUGAGAUAUUCAAUUCACUACGACAUCAUGUUUCAGAGCAUGCUUUGGAUAAAAUCUUAGAAGAGCUUCAUCGGCUAAAAGGAUUUGUACCAACUCUUGAGAAUUGUGGUUGUCAACUACGAACAUGUUUUGGUUUACCAUGCGCUCACGAACUUGCGAUGUAUGUCGAUGCAGGUUCACUUAUUCCGUUGGAUUCAAUUGAUAUUGUUUGGAGAACACUUGAUUUUAAGCCUUGUGUAUUUGUGGAUUAUGGAAAUCUUAAUGUUGAUGAUCAUAUGCAAAGGUGGAAGGAAAAAUUCAACAAUCAACCAAAUCAUGUCAAAUACAGUUAUAUAAGAAAGAUGGAAGAGAUAAUCGAUCCUUCAAAAAUUAUGAUCAAUGAACCUUUGGUUAAAAAAAAUAAUCGUGAACGCCCAACAGUGAAGCGUGGUCACCAUCAAAGUCAAGCUCCUCCACGAUACAGUUGUUCAGACUUGAAUCAGGAACCACUUAGGCAUAGUUCAUCAUUCUUCGACUUGAACGAUGAACCGACUAGACAUAGUUCAACAUUCUUCGACUUGAAUGAUGAACCGAAUAGGCAUAAUUCAUCAUUCUUUUACUUGAACAAUGAACCAGCUAGGCAAAGUUCAUUCUUCAUGGGCAUGAACGAGGAACCAAUAGACCAAUGUUCGUACCAGUUUGACUUGAAUGAGGAACCAACAUGCCAAUGGUCGUACCGAUUUGACUUGAAAGAGAAAGCAACGAAGGAACAUAAUUCAUUGUUGAAAGAAAUUCCAUCAAUAUUUCAUCCAUACAUCAUGCGUAUACAAAAUGUAAGGGGUGAUGGAAAUUGUGGUUUUUCGAUCAGUAGCUGUUUUGUCUCGGGUAUGAUGAAAAUGAAUGGCUUUUCAUUCACCAACAAUUGUAUGACGAGUUAUUGACGUCAUAUGAAGAUUAUUAUGGAGUUUUCAUUGGAUGCAAUGGAGUACUUGACUCAUUGUCUUUCUUCAUGACAGAUAAGAGAGCUCCACUAGAACACUAUAUGCAUAUGCCUGAGACAGGUAUCCUGAUAGCCAACAGGUUUGGUGUGAUUGUCCAAUUUUUGACCACAGUGGGCUCUGUAACCUUUUCCCCUAUAUAGAGAGGUCCUAGUGAGUUUCAAAAUCAUCGUGUCCUUACAUUUGCACUUGUAUACAUCAAUCACUAUGUGAUGGUACAGUUAGAAGGAGAGUAUCUGAUGCCUCCUAUUUCAGCAUUAUGGAUCCGCUACAAAGACCCGUCCGCAGCCGAAUGACAAACAAUGUAUAAGUCGCGUCUAGAAUUUUAUAAGCGACUUAGACCUAUGGAAAGAUCUUUUAUGACUAUAGAUGAUUAGUUGAUAUUUAUUUUUGUCUCGGAUUUUUGAUAUGUAAUAUUUAAAAUUAAAAAAAAUGGUGAAGAUUUGUUCGGAUGUUA